AUGCAACGAUUAUACUCACCGGUCGAGCGUGAAAUCGAAUUCGAGACAAAGCGCUUUUAUCGCAGCCGUGGUGGCGACAAAUCACCUUAUCAGGGAUGGCCUUCGGAUGAGAUUGACCAGCUAUGGAAAGAUAGUUAUGUCCGUGGAUUGAACACCUACGUAACUGCGGACGAGGCCGGGCCUCUUCUAGAGGAAACGCUAAGGGUUCCUGUUCCUGGGCGAGAAAACGAGUUUAUGGUCGUGCUCGAUGUAUUUCAUCAACUCCACUGUUUGGAUGUCAUUCGUCAAUCAUGGUAUCCGAAAAGAUACGGUCGAGGAAUGUAUCACCCCAACGGUACGUUGGACUAUUGUCAAUGGCUGCAUUACGACCAUUGCCUUGACCAGAUUCGCCAAGCACUCAUGUGUGCUGCAGACACAAGCGUGGUGUUUUUCGAGUGGAGCAAGCAAUCCAACGCAUCUAGACCUCGGGUCGACAAUCUGCACACAUGUCGAGAUUUUGACAAGAUUAAGGACUGGGCUUUCGAUCGCGAUAUUGGUGAAUAUCAUUCGCAUCGACGUGUAGUGCCAACUGAGGAGGGACAAUUCGCAAUACAACGGACAACGCAUUCUGAUCAUGGGGACUCGUCGGAGUGUUUUGCGACAUGA